AUGCGCCGUAACCAAGCAUUGGUGCGACGUCUUGAAAAGGGUCUUGAUUGGGCCUCAAUAUUGGCAGGUGCGAUGGGAGCUGUAUCACUUAUCUUAUUGUCUGUUUUCGACACCGCUCGCCACCCUUCACUUCACAGACUCUUCUUGUUAUUAUUCAUGCUAGGAGUUGUGUUAUCGGCCCUCUUCACAACCCUCGAAUAUCGACGCUUGGGCAAGGUUUUCAUUGAACGUUCGUUCCUCAAGAUUAGCUACAGGAUAAAACAGGCUAUCGUGGUUCUUGAAGUUUGUCUAUCUAUUGUGUUUGGUGCUACCAUGUAUAAGAAGAAGCACGAUGUUGCAGCCAUAUUUGAGUGGUUGGUUGCGUUUAUCUUCACAUUUUACGUCCUCUCAUUCUUUUUCGACCUUAGACCCAAGGCCAGAACUAGGGACGAACUGGAGGCGCGCCGUGAAAUGAUUCAGCAACAAAGAGCUACUGGCCAAUUGGCUUAA